UAGUUAAUACUAAUUUUAAAUAUUUAACUGCUGUUUUAAACUUUUAGUGUCAUGUACUUGCGUGACUCAGUUUAUGUCUUAUUGUUAUUGAUUUUAUGUAUUUAAGUUUAAAAAUAAAACUAUAAUAGUUUUAUUAUUAUUAUUUUAUUUAUUCAUUUGAUUAAUUAAAAAAUUCAAAACGAUUAAUAAUGGAAUGUAAUGUACGUGAAAUAAGCAACGCCGUUAUGAUAGAAUCAUUGGAUACUAUAAUUCAACAAGAAAGUAGGAAACUCGAGGUAGACAAAAAUACUGGGUUGAUAGCUAAGAAAUCAAAAGUCAUAAAGGUACAACAACAAUCAUCAAAAGAAAAUGAAAAUAUAUUCGAACAAAAUGUACCUCUCUUUAAAGAUUUUAAAAAUCAUUCACCAAAACUGAAUCAUUCAUGUGAUAGAGUGAAUGAAAUUGAAAGGUUGGCGAACUUAUUUACCAAAUCCCCUAGUUUCUUUACAAAGGAUAAUAGUAACAAUUGUAUUGAUGUCAAACAUAACCAAAUGUUAAUGAAGGACACAAUGCCUAUAAAAACACACAAUGACGUUAAUAAAUAUAAAGCUAAGCUAAUAAAUAGGGAAAAUACCAACAAUUUAAUUUACCCAGGUAUCAAGGUGAAAAGAAAUGUACGAUUUGGAGAAUAUUCACCAUUUAAUCCAGCCAAUCAAGUAGAUUCACAACCUUUUUUAGGAGUUGGAGAAUAUGAUAAUAAGAAAAAAAAAUUGUUAGAGUUACAAAGAAAGGAGUAUAUGGAACAUUUAUCAAAAGUACAACAAGAUAAGAGUACUUCAGAUUUACCAAAAUUAGCUGGUUAUUCUUGUGAAGAAGCAUUAAAUACUGCCAUGGAAAACAAAAAUAAUUCUGACCAAUUAGUUAACAAAGAUGUUAUUAAUCAGAAAGCCAUGAUACAACAACGAGCUCCAUUUAUAGAUGGAGUCGAAUCAUGUUUGUCUGAUGAAGAAAGGAAAAAAGAAACUAAUAAAUUAAAACAAGAACUCUAUAGAUUUGAAUUAAGUAAACAAAUAGAAGAGAAAAGAAGGUUGGAACAAGAACAAAAACGUAAAGAACAAUUGGAAGAUGAAGCCAUUGAAAGAAUGGCACGAGAACAGGAAGAAAAAAUGAGGAUUGAGUUUGAGAAAGAAAAUGAGAAACGAAUUUUGGCUCAACUUCAGAAACAACUUCAACAAGAAAAGUUAAAAAAUGAAAUAAUGCAAAAACAAAAGGACUUGGAAUCAAAUUCAUGGAACAUACCAUCCGAAACUGUUUCUCGACAAUUAUCAAAACAUGCACCUAGUAACCAUGAAUCAUUUGACGACAAUGAUACAGAAGAAUUUCAUUGUCCUUCUCAGAAUACUUUUGACAAUGUACCCUUACCAACUACACGUGUUCGAGCUCCGAGAAAAAUAGUUUAUGAUGAAGAUGACAAACUUGUAAACAGAAAAACUUUAAGGGACGUUUCAUGCAACACAGAUGUAUUUAAAAAUCCAUGUAUGAACCAGAAUAUUUCUCCUCCAGUAAUGAGUCAAAAGAUGGAAAAAGCUCAUGUGACUUUUGCAAGAGAUUCUUCUCCAAAUAGAACAGAGUAUAAUCCUGCAGCUUUACUACCAGUAACAAAAUCUGUGAUUAUUGAUUCACCAUUUACACUUGCAUUGGCUGGAUUAAAUGAUAGUGAAGAUGAUGGAGCUUGUGAAACUAUUGAGCCUACUGAAGGAGCAUAUAGAAAUCAGGUAUCGAGAAAUGCAAAAUUAGGAAAUAAUCACAAUCUGCCGACUGAUAAACAUUUAUUAUCAAACUUAGGGAAUAUAAGGAAACAACUAGAUAUAGAACAUCAAAAAUUAAGACAACAAGUCCGAAGAUCCCAAUAAAUUGAUUUGUUUAUGAUUGUAACUAUAAUUAAGCAAAGAAUUAUAUUUUAUGUUAAAAAGAAAGAAGAAGUAUUCAUUCACAAAAUAUAUAUUAAUAUAAUUAUGGUACAUACUUA